AUGGAUCUCAAUCUCGAUGCGCCACACUCUAUGGGGACGACCAUCAUCGGCGUCACUUACAAUGGAGGUGUCGUUCUCGGAGCUGACUCACGUACCAGCACCGGGAUGUACGUAGCGAAUCGGGCUUCAGACAAGAUCACACAACUCACUGACAAUGUCUACGUCUGCCGUUCUGGUUCGGCUGCUGAUUCUCAGGUUGUCUCGGACUAUGUUCGCUACUUCCUUCACCAGCAUACAAUCCAGCUCGGACAGCCUGCCACUGUAAAGGUCUCUGCCAACCUUAUCAGGAUGCUCGCUUAUAAUAACAAGAACAUGCUACAAACUGGCCUCAUAGUUGGUGGAUGGGAUAAGUAUGAAGGCGGCAAGAUCUACGGGAUUCCUCUCGGUGGAACUGUGGUGGAGCAACCGUUUGCUAUUGGAGGCUCUGGCUCGAGUUACCUAUACGGAUUCUUUGAUCAGGCAUGGAAAGAAAACAUGACCAAAGAAGAAGCCGAGCAACUUGUUGUGAAGGCGGUUUCACUAGCCAUUGCUCGUGAUGGAGCCAGUGGGGGUGUUGUACGGACUGUCAUAAUAAACUCAGAGGGGGUCACCAGAAACUUCUACCCCGGGGAUAAGUUGCAGCUCUGGCACGAGGAGUUGGAGCCCCAGAACUCUUUGUUAGACAUCUUAAACGCUGCUGGUCCUGAGCCAAUGGCCAUGUGA